AUGAAAGUGGCUAUUCAAAAUCAUUGGAUAAGAGGAUUCACGAUUGGCAAUCUUUCAGUGGAGGAGAUGCAGAUAUGUCAUCUACUAUAUGCAGAUGACACAAUCAUAUUUUGUGAAGCAAAGGCAGUUUCUAGGCUAUUAAUAAAUUGGAGGAAGAGCUGCAUAUUUUCCAUUAAGGAGGUUCCUGAAAUACAAAAUUUGGCAACUAUUUUGGGGUGCAGAGUGGAGCAGCUUCCAAUGACCUAUUUAGGCAUGCCGCUGGGACACAAUCACAAAGAGUUAGAAAUAUGGGAUGACAUCAUUGAGAAGAUUGAAAAGAAAUUGGCUAACUGGAAAGCCCAAUACAUCUCAUUAGUAGGGAGAGUUACUUUGAUAAAGGAUUCAAUGCCUACUUAUGUAAUGUCACUGUUUCACAUCCCUGCUAAGGUGUAG